CAUCACACACAAUAUAUAUGUAUAAAAGCAUACCAAUAGAGCUUACAUAAGUGUUAUUCAAGCACUAGAAAAUACACUCUCCUUCAUAUAUUGAAAUUCACCAAUAUUAUUGAAAGAAAAAAAAUGGCACUUAGUAAACCAAUUCUUGUUGUGUUUUUCAUACAAACCCUAUAUACUGGUAUGUUCUUGCUCUCUAAGGCUGCUUUCAACGUUGGCAUGAAUAAUUUCAUCUUCACUUUCUAUAGACAAGCCCUUGCCACCAUCUUUCUUGCCCCUAUUGCCAUCUUUCUCGAGAGGAAUAAAAUACCACCGCUCUCAUUCAAGACGUUUUGGCAGAUAUUCGCGAUGUCUUUGUUUGGAAUAACAUUGAGUUUGGAUUUGUAUGGCAUCGGCUUAACCUAUACCUCAGCAACAAUGGGUGCUGCUACAACCAAUUGUCUUCCAGUCAUUACUUUUUUCCUUGCUGUUCUUUUCAGGUUAGAGAUAUGGAAAUUAAAGACUGCCUCUGGAAUAGCAAAGCUAGUAGGCGUAGUGAUAUGCUUGGGAGGUGCCACAACUCUUGCACUUUACAAGGGGCCUUCAAUCAAAUUGUUUAGCCACUCUCACUUGCUCUUUGGUCACCCAUCAGUCAGCCAACAGCCUCAUAAUCGAGUACAUUCUAGCCACACCUGGAUUAAGGGUGUUUUUAUCUUGCUUAGUGGUAACACUUUUUGGGCUCUCUGGCUUGUUAUGCAGGCCCGGAUAAUGAAAGGGUACCCGUCAAAACUUCUGUUCACAGCACUAAGUUGCUUCUUCAGUUCAAUACAAUCAUUUGCACUAGCUAUUCUUGUGGAACGACGUCCUUCUCAGUGGAUGCUUGGUUGGAAUAUCCGUCUAGUAGCUGUUGCUUAUUGUGUAAUAAAAUGAAGGAUAUAAAUCGAAUACGUAGACCAGUAAUUUGAGUAGAAUUAGCAAGUAGGGCUUUGAUUAUUAGAUGUGAGUAUGACGAAUUUUGGGUCGAACCUUUAAAUGGUCGUCAUCUGUAUAACAAGAAGACUAAUCGGGAGUUUUGCCGGAGAACGAGCCUUCUCCGAUCCGAUGCUUAAAUCAGAUGGUUUAGCAAUAUAAUGCAAGAGAAUGGAGAAAAUUGUCAAAUAUAUUAUAUGUGUUUCUUUAGUUUUUUUUUUUUUUUUUUUGUUGUUGUUAGUAAGGCAUGCAUUCAAAUAUAAAAGGUUCAAGUUAAGGCUUUAAAAGCCCAUUACAAUUAUCCAAUCGUUACGUUUCUUAAGUUAUUUUAGAUAAAGUUACGUCUAUUUUGGUGCCAAAUGAAGUAUAUAUAUUUUUCCGCUUUCCUCCGCUUGGGCCUAAUUGCUUUGCAAUGAUCAUGAAGCUUAAGUCGCAAUGGACAUGAGCCUAUAUUUAAUUUAGACCCCAACACAUGCUUUAUUUGUUUUGUU